AGUGUAGAAAGCAACACAGGGGGAAAAACAUCCCAGGGUUUGCAAUAGCCCAGGAAAAUGUCCUCUCGGCUUGUUUGCAUCAGCGAUUAUGAACAGCAUGCUAAAUCUGUACUUCAGAAGUCUAUAUAUGACUAUUAUAGAUCUGGCGCAAAUGAUCAGGAAACCUUGGCUGAUAAUAUUGCAGCCUUUUCCAGGUGGAAGCUAUAUCCAAGGAUGCUCCGGAACGUUGCUGAAAUAGACCUGUCGACUUCUGUUUUAGGGCAAAAAGUCAGCAUGCCGAUCUGCAUUGGGGCCACUGCUAUGCAGUGCAUGGCUCACGUGGAUGGGGAGCUUGCAACGGUGCGAGCCUGCAGGUCACUGGGAACUGGCAUGAUGCUGAGUUCCUGGGCCACCUCCUCAAUUGAAGAAGUGGCAGAAGCUGGUCCCGAGGCGAUUCGCUGGCUGCAGCUGUACAUCUACAAGGACCGUGAGGUCACCAAGCAGCUUGUGCGGAGGGCUGAGCGAAUGGGCUACAAGGCCAUAUUUGUGACGGUGGACACCCCUUACCUGGGCAACCGCUUUGAUGACGUGCGUAACAGGUUCAAGAUGCCACCCCAACUCAGAAUGAAAAAUUUUGAAACCAGUGAUUUAGCAUUUUCUCCUAAGGAAAAUUUUGGAGACAAAAGUGGACUUGCUGCAUAUGUGGCUAAAGCAAUAGACCCAUCCAUCAGCUGGGAGGAUAUUAAAUGGCUGAGAAGACUAACAUCUCUGCCCAUUGUUGCAAAAGGCAUUUUGAGAGGUGAUGAUGCCAAGGCAGCAGUUAAACAUGGUUUGGAUGGGAUCUUGGUGUCAAAUCAUGGGGCUCGACAGCUUGACGGGGUGCCAGCCACUAUUGAUGUUCUGCCAGAAAUAGUGGAGGCUGUGGAAGGGAAGGUGGAGGUCUUCCUGGAUGGCGGUGUGCGGAAGGGAACUGACGUUCUGAAAGCUCUGGCCCUGGGAGCCAAGGCUGUGUUUGUGGGGAGACCGAUCAUUUGGGGCUUGGCUUCGCAGGGAGAGAAAGGUGUUCAGGAUGUCCUUGAGAUACUGAAGGAGGAAUUCUGGUUGGCCAUGGCUCUGAGUGGGUGCCAGAAUGUGAAAGUCAUCGACAAGACAUUGAAAGCAGAUACCUGUGAAGAGGAGUGACAUCAGAGUUCAUCAGAUUCAUUCAGCUGUCUCAGUAUGUGAGUGAGUUUGCCUGUCAAAUCACAAACACGAUAUCAUUUGCUUCAGGUUUGACUAGUCUACAAUAUAUUACUGCUCUAUGUACCACACAUGUGUGUCACAGAUGAUCACUUUUAAUUUCAGAGUUCAAAUGUAAUAAAUUCAGCACAUUUAUAUUUUGUUAAGAUUAAGUGCUGGGAGGCUACUAUGGAAAAUCAUCAUUCAGGUUCAUCUCUAACCAAGCAGUUGUGAUUCCAUUGCUACAAAAUAAACCUUUGUCAUGCCUCCUCCUCAGCCUCACAACACUUUUUAUUUGUAAGACAUAAAUCUAAUCCACACACUAACAUUUGCUUACAAGCUGUGCAAAAGAACUGAAGACUUUGGAUUUGGUAAAAUAGACAUUUCAAGGAGAUAUUCUACUAGUUAUAUGAGUAUGUCCUGGAUUUCUUUUUUCCCUUUGUUUGAUUUUAUUUAUGUUUUAUUGAAUUCAGUGGAAGACACUCAAAUUAUCAGCAGGAAUUCCAGUGCAAUCAUUAUGUUGAUGGACCUGAUGGCUUGGAAGAAAGUCUGAUUUCUGUACUUGGGCCAAGAAAGGAAACUCUUAAGUGGUGGGGUGAUAAAAAAAAAUAAAAUAAAAUCAAGUUAGAAAAACUAUCAUAGAAACUCCCAUCCAUCCUUUAUUGCAAUCCAUCCAUUUUCUUCUUUCUUUCUCUCCCAUUUAGAACUUAUAUUCCAAACUUUAUCAUUUCAGUAAUAACCUUGCUGAUAGGGCACCUACUUACUCUUCUUUUACCACAAUGAUCUAGUAAUAUCUAGGUAUUUAGAUACUGACUAGUAGUUGACAUUAUUGACCUCAUGUUUUAUUUUCUCUGUGCUUGCACUUGAACAGAUAAAUAUUGCAGACAUGUUUUACUAGGUCAUGAGUUACACAUUCCUGAUCAUGAGUCUCAGUAGUUCCUUCACAGGCUCAGCCUGGUUGUUACAGUUUAUGAUCAGCUUGCUUGUACUUUCUAAGAUGACCACAACAAACCUUCUCCACCCUUCUUCACUGUCUAGCUCUUUUCCUUCAGCCUCAGAAGAUAUCACAUCCUGUGUAGGCAUCAUCCUUCCACCCAGCUUUUGUGUCCCAUCUUUUCUAGCCAUUUCCAUAAUUGUAACUAUUUAACCCUUUCUCCCUUGAACACUUAGCUACUUACCCAUACCUGGAUCCUUUCUAUUGUCCUUCAGGCAGUUGUAUAGACUGUGUAGAUUUAUAGACUCUCUGUUCUAAUCCAUUGAUCUGUUUAUUUUUGCAGCAAUACCACACUAGUUUAGUUUGAGUAUCUUUAUUAGAAGCCUUGCUAUCUGGUGGUACAAGUUCCCUAGCAUAAAGUUUUCUUGGCUACUUUGAAUUUUCUUAUAAAUUUCAGACUAAAUUUGUCGACUUAUACACAUACACAAACCACACAUCACACUGACACGUGUCACACAUGUCAAUGUAUGUGUCACAUACAUUACUGUUGGGAUUUUUAUUGUGAUUGCAUUAAAUCUAUAGAUUUUCUUGGGAAUGGUUUACACAUUUACAAUAUUGAAUCUUUCCAUCCACAGGCACAAUAUAGCUCUCCAUUAUUAAGUACAUCUUCUUUAAAGUCUCUGAGUGAAAAAUUUAUCAUUAUUUUUCUAGAAAUCUUGCAUAUCUUAAGUUAGAUUUAUAUUUUAGUAUUUUUAAUUGAAAGUAGUAUCUUUUAAUUUUUAUCUUUUUGUUGCUUAUAAAGAAAUACAAUUUCAUGUUGUAUGUCAAUUUGCAUUCAGUGACAUUCUGAAAUUCUAUCAUUUAUUUAAACAAUUCAUUGGUAGUGUCUUCAGUUUUUCUACAUAUAUCAUUGUUAAUAAUAGCACUUUUUUCUCUAAUCCCAGUUGCUUUCUUUUUUAUUCUUUCUUCCUUUCUCUUCCCUCCAUUCUUUCUAUCCUUCUCUUUCUUUCUAGAACUUAAGAAGUACUAGCAAUUUUCAGAACUUGAGAAGGAGCCUAGCAAUUUUGUAUUUAUAAAUAUAUUUUUCAUUUACAGAGGGCUCUGGAAACUGAAAAAGUUUAAGGAUGCACAAAUUUUUUUGUUUCACCUCUGAAUUUAAUGAUUAUGAUGGAAGAAUAACCUAUUUAGAAGUGUUUAUUUUUCAAUGAUUAAGGAAGUAACAAUAUCUAGAUGAAACAAACAUGGCAAAGUGUUAGCAAGUGGUGAUUUUAUUGGUGGAUGUUAGAAUGCUUAUUGUACUAUUUUCUUUCCCUUUAUGCUUGAAAUUUUCACAAUAAAAUUUAAAAACACAUAAA